AUGUUCCUCGCUAGCCGAAGUUGGCACAAUUGCUCUCCAGCAUUUCGAAAUUCCAAAAAUUUGGGUUUGAGAAAUGUCCACACUUCGAAUAAUUUGAAUAGAUUGGAGCAAAAGUCCCGUCUACCCAGAUUAUUUGCCAUCUUUGGUGGCGUUGCUGGAACAUGCUACCUCAUCGAUGAGUAUUACUUGCAAUCUUUACUUCAAAGGUCAGUUAGGGCUAUAAGUGUUUUGUCUUAUGUUGCGUAUCGCUACUCAACUGCAUCCAGUAUAACAGAAAUACAAGCCUUUCAUGAACAGGGUGCAAAGAGCAUCUUUGACAUGUUGGCUGCCAAUAAGGGCCUCUACAUCAAAUUGGGACAGGCAAUCGCUAAUCAAGGUGCUGUCUUUCCUGUUGCUUACCAAAAGCAUUUCGUGAACUUGUACGAUGCUGCCCCUGUUGACUCUUGGGACCUGGUAGAUCGGCUUCUUCGGCAAUCUCUUGGAUCCAACUACGAGAAAGAAGUCUUUGAAUAUAUAGAACACAAUCCAAUUGCAUCCGCUCUGAUAGCACAAGUGCACAAAGCAAAGCUUAAGCUGAAUGGAGACGUGGUGGCCGUCAAGGUCCAGCACCCAUACAUUGCCAAACAAAUGCCGGUCGAUUUGAGAGUCUAUCGACUCAUGAGUUGGGUUUACUCCAAAGUGUUUGAUAUACCGUUGACUUUCAUUACAAAGUAUGUAGCGGAGCAAAUGUUUAAGGAGACCAACUUUGUCACCGAAGCUGCCAACAGCGAAAGGCUUGCAAGUCUACUUGCAAACGAUCCUCAUGUGCAAAACCUAGACAUUUACGUUCCAGAAUGUUACAAGGAUUUAUCAAGUAAGAAAAUUCUUAUUACAGAAUGGAUAGAAGGUAUAUCCUUGACAGACAAGGAGAAACUCAUUGACAAUUCCUACUCUUUGCCCAGAGUCAUGUAUCAAUACAUUACUGUUUUUGCCCGUCAAAUCUUUGAAUACGGUUUUGUGCACUCAGACCCGCACCCCGGCAACUUGCUUGUUAGAAAAAUUGGCGGAAGACAACAAUUGGUGAUCUUGGACCAUGGUUUAUACAUAUCCUUGCCGGAGAAGUUCAGACAGGAAUAUAGCGAACUUUGGGAAGCUAUGUUCAACAUGGAUCAAAAGAAGGUAAACCAGGUCUCAGCUGAAUGGGGUGUUGGAUCUAGUGAGUUUUUGAGAGGAAUGGCCCAACUCAGACCACCUACAAAUAUGGGCAAAGUCCCCAAUGCCAUAGAACUUAUGAGAGAGCUUCUCAGUGAUCUGACGAAAUUUCCACCAGACCUUAUGUUCAUCAUGAGAACGAUGAGAAUGAUCCAAAAUUUAAAUCAAACUAUGGGAAGUCCCGUCAACAGAAUUAACGUUUUAACGAAGUCUGCAAUCUACCUGGUGACAGAUAGAAGAGAGUUUACGUUGAAAAAUUGGUUCAUCUCGAUCAAAUCUAGAUUUUUUAUUUUCAUUAGUGAGACUGUGUUCCUCUUUUUGAGAGCUCGCCAAAUACUAUUGGGAGAUAAGUAUGGAGGAAAGGGAGAAGGUAUGGAGGAUUUCAUUGAAGAACAUAUUCGUGAAAGCGCCAAGUCAAUGGGAUUUGAAAUUGUGGAUGGUUUGUAG